CAGCGAGAAACAGGUUAGAAAAAAAGACGUGAGAAAGCGAGUCGCUGGGGUUACGAUCGGUUUUGUCCUCUUUGAUUUCUCUCAGUUUCCCUUCGUUGCUUUUAUUUGACUGACAGUUUUCCGCUUGGUACAGAGAGGACAUCAGCUGCCGGAGAGAGAUCCAGGGAGGAGAACGGGAAGUGUGACCUCGUUUCUCUCUGUGCCCAGAAAAAAAAUUUCAGCCAGCUCCUCGGCCAUGUCUGCUCCUGGAUACCCAGGCUCUCACAACCAGGCUCCCUACCCCAUGCCUCAGCCUGGUGGCCACUCUGUAUCCCCUUACCCAGUUUCUCCGGGGGGGUAUGGAGACCAGAGUCAAGCCCCUCCACCAGGCUUCAACAUGGGAUACAAUCCAGGCCAGCCUCCAGUCAUGUAUCAGCCAGGACCAGUAGGCCCAGUUCCAGGGCCGGAGUAUGGCGGCCCCCCGGGAGCAAUCUCCCCGGCUCCGGUCGGGGCUCCAGCUGUUGUUGCUGUUGGGGUCCCGCCAGGGCUUGAAUACCUCACACAGAUUGACCAAAUCCUGAUUCACCAAAAGGUGGAACUCCUGGAAGCUUUCAUCGGGUUUGAGACCAAUAACCAGUAUGAGAUAAAGAACAGCCUGGGCCAAAAGAUCUACAAGGCCAAAGAGAAGAACGACUGCUGCACCAGGAACUGCUGUGGCUCGCUGCGCAGCUUCGACAUGAAGAUCAAGGACAACAUGGACAGAGAGGUCAUCCGCCUCAUACGCCCUUUCCGCUGCGUCUCCUGCUGGUGCCCUUGCUGCCUGCAAGAGAUGGAGGUCCAGGCACCACCCGGCACCACCAUAGGCUACGUCAAACAGGACUGGCACCCUUUCCUGCCACGGUUUUCUAUCCAGGGAGCAAACAAGGAGACCGUGCUGAAACUGGAAGGGCCCUGCUUUGCCUGCAACUGCUGUGGGGACGUCAACUUUGAGCUGAAGGGGUUAGAUGGUGAUAAACCCAUCGGCCGCAUCAGCAAGCAGUGGAGCGGUCUUCUGAAGGAAGUCUUCACCGACACGGACAACUUUGGCAUCCAGUUCCCGCUGGACAUGGACGUGAAGAUGAAAGCUGUGCUCAUGGGAGCCUGCUUCCUCAUUGAUUUCAUGUUCUUCGAGAAGGUGGGGGAGGCCAACCAGCGCAGCACCGUGUUUUCAUAACAGAGGAAGAAAAGGAGGGGAAACCAAAAGCAUGGGAGCAAGGACUUUCACCAGUUAUGCAUACUCUGUUCAUUUAUUUUGUUUUUCUUUUUUUUUUUUUUGUUAAUCCUUCCUUCACCAGAUUCCAGCCAAUAUGGUGCCAACCCCAGGAUCCUUUCACACACAGACACAGACCUGUUUGAGCCAAUGAACUCCUGAUUCAGGAUAAAAAAAUCCAUCCAAACUCAGUGACUAACACUGGUUGGCAUGUUGCUAUUUUUUUACACUCCAUACAGUCUAUAGACAUGUUUGUCUAUUUUUAAUUGAGUUCUAUAAGCUGAGGUAUAAUCCUUGUCAAAGAAAAUCAACCUAAUCCUCAAUAUCUUUUCAGUGCCUACAGACAGAAAUAAGUGGAUAUCGACACUCGGACUGUAUCUGAACUUGCCUUAUGCUACACUGGCGUUGACAUUUUAUAUGUUUGCUGUAUGUUUAUCAAUUAUUAUUAUACUUGUAGUCAUGCUUAUUGAAGAAACUAUAUAAAUAGAUGGAGUAUAAGUGCAAUACUGUUGUGGAUGUAGAAGCUGUAUUCAUUGGCUUGCUCUUUAGCCAUGCUGGCAGCCAGCUGAUGGUAUUGUCGAUCCACCACGUUGGUCUAGACUGAAAUAUUUCAACAACUAUCAGAUGGAUUAUCGUGACAUUUUGUACAGACAUUCAUGGUCACUAGAGGGUGAAUCUUAAUGACUUUGGUGGUCCCUUCACUUUUCAUCUAGCACUGUCUUCAGGUCAGAGGUUUAAUUUGGCCAGUCCCUAAACCAAGGUUAGUGACAUUCCCAUCAUCCUCAGUUGUACUUUAAGUGACAAUUAGUAAAUGUUAGCAUGCAAAAAAAGCUGAUAUAGGAUGGAUCAUUAACAUUGUAAAUAUUGCACCAGCAUGUUAGCAUUGUCAUUGUUAGCAUUUUAGUGUGAUAACGUUAGUGCUUAGCUCAAAUAACUGUUGUGCCUAAGUGCAGCCUCAUAGUGCCGCUUGCAUGGCUGUACUCUUGUUAUAUAUUAACUAUAUAUAUAUAAGCUCUAAGCACUGAACACAGUAAAUAGGCUGUUGUUGUUUUUCUCAUAUAUAUAGGGAAGUGUUGGUUGUGAUGGUGUGAGGAUUGGGAGGAUGUUUAAUAUCUCGCGGUCAAAAUUGUGAACUCUGAAGUUGACACGUAUUUACCAAAGUUUUCUUUCUCUACCUCUCAGUUGCCUUUCUCUUCCUCGAAGCCCUCUGUGUCUUCAAGCCUAGUUUACAUAAUCUAACAGAACUGUAGCACAGGCUGCAGUGUAGAUGCCCUCGUGCCUCCUCUGUGUUUUAGUUGUUGCUGUGGAGACUGAUGCCACAGUCAGACCUCGCCCUCCAAUUUCUCCAGAUACCGCCGCAUUGAACUAGUAAUGACAUAGGAGAGAGGCAAUGUGGGUUAUGGUUAUAUGGGGGGUAAAUUUUUGAGCAAAAGAGAAAUGAAAUAGAAAGCAAAUGAAAAACAGAAGUUGAGGUUAGUGAAUGUAAAUCUUAACUGGGGAACUCCAAACCACUUAGGUGUGUGAGGAAACACAGAAAGCAACCCGAAUGUGAACUCGUGACUUUUGGCCUGUUUUCAGCUCAUGUGCUCUGCUUUAGACUGAUUUGAAAAUUUCAAUGUUUGCAAAAGUUGCUUAUUGCUGUUUAAUGGGACUCUUGUUCUGAAUUUUAAAAUCACAAAUAACACAGGUGCUUCUCUUGUGAUAUUUGCUUGCCACAAGUGCUCUCUAAUCCAGACUCUCUAGUACCCUGCCAGUAACUACAUGUGUGUCAUUGCAUGGCAUGCACAGUGCAUUUAAUGCAAUUAUUUGUUCACUGGGUCAUGGUAAUUCUUUGAGUCAGUUGUAUCUGUGGUUGGCAGGAGCGUUUUCUGUUUCCUGUGUCUCUGUCAAAACUACUGUGUACCAUUUUCCUGUAACAGUAGUAUCUUGUCACAGUUUAAUACUUUCUUUUUUUGUACAGAAACAUAAAAUACCCAGUAGUUCAGAAAUAAAAAUGCCUCGUCGUUG